GGUCAAAGAAAUUCCACACUGCCUUGGUUUUGGUCGUUGGACGUUAGAGGAGACUCGGUGAGCAAUGACUGGAUGAAUGAAUUUUAUCGGGUGCACUGGCUUCGUACCAAGGCUUUACAGGACCGGUGGGCUGAAGAAUUACUCCUGAUUGGACAUGAGAUGCAUUGGACAAUCAAAUUUCUUGCACACAAAGCCAAACCUGGCUCGGCCGAACAACCAUAG